CACACACACACACACACACACUCCUCACUGGUCUUCAGUGUGUAUGUGACUGAUUUUGUUCAGAUUCUGGAUCCAGCCUGGUGUUUCCUCACUGAAGAUGAUAAAAGGGUUACUUAGAAUUGCACCAUAAUUCCAAAAGUAUUGGGACAGCAGACUUUUCCAGCCAUAUGUGCUUCUUCUCCAAACUGUUACCACAAAGUUGGAGACCUACAGAAUUAUCGGAUGUUAUUGGUCUGAAAUUCUUUCUUCACUUGAACACUGAGACUAAAACCUGUUCCAUCAUGACAGUGCACAAAGCCAGCUCCUGCAUGGGUUGGAGUGGCGGAUCUCCUGUGAUGGAGCUACCAAACACCUUUGAGAAGUUUGUGAAUGCUGACUGCACCCUAGGCCUCCUCACCUUAACCUCCUGACUUUACUAACACCCUUGUGGCUCAAUCUACAUCUAAUGGAACAUCUUACCUGAAAAGUGGUUAACAGAUGCUGACUUUUGGGCGAUGGGCCUCUCUCAGAUGACACCAAUGUCCUCAGCUCAGACGCUCGGGUCAUGGUGACCGCUGUCAGGUGGCGUGUAGCCGGAGCCGAGCGGGCCUGAGGAGGAGAACCAGGAAGGAGAAGGCGUGAUAGAGGAAGAGAGACAGGAGGAAUAGGAGAGAGAGAGAGGAACACUAUGGGCCAGUGUGUGACUAAAUGUAAAAACCCCACAUCCUCUCUGGGCAGCAAAAGUGGUGAAAAGGAUGCUGGGAAAUCCCAUGGCAAAAAAGGAAGCGGAGGAGGAGCAGGUGGGCCCAAAGAGGAGGCCAGGCUUCCUGCCGAUGUCAACGGCACAAAGUCACCCGAGGUUACCGCGGACACCUCUGCGACCACGCCUCUUUCUGACGUGCAGAGGGAGGAGCCUGAGCAGGAUGGGGAGGGGCUUUCUCUGGCACGGAUAGAGGAAAUGUUUGUGUGUUACAAGGACGAGCAUGAGGACGCCAUAUUGGAAGAGGGAAUGGAGCGUUUUUGCAAUGACCUAAACGUGGACCCAGCCGAGUUCAGGGUACUGGUACUCGCGUGGAAGUUUCAGGCUGCGACCAUGUGCAAGUUCACAAGACAAGAGUUCGUGGAGGGCUGUAAGGCGAUCCGUGCCGACUCCGUGCCUGGGAUCUCUCAGCGUUUCUCGGCCAUGUUGGACGAUUGUCGCUCUGAGGAGAACUUUAAGGACCUGUAUCGCUUCACGUUCCAGUUCGGAUUAGACUGCGGUGAGGGUCAGCGCUCGUUACAGCGCUGCAUCGCCAUCGCCCUGUGGAGGCUGGUGUUCACGCUCGACACGCCGCCCGUGCUCGAACGCUGGCUCCACUUCCUGUCCGAGAACCCGUGCGGAGUGCGUGGCAUCUCGCGCGACACCUGGAACAUGUUCCUCAACUUCACGCAGAGUGUCGGGUCCGACCUGAGCAACUACAGCGAGGACGAGGCCUGGCCGAGCCUCUUCGACUCCUUCGUGGAGUGGGAGAACGACUGGCGACGGAGGGAACGGGAGCUGCGAAAGACAGGGGGAGGGGACGGGCACACCGAAUUCACUGCAGAGUCCGAGCCCACGGCAUGAUGGCGGAGUAGAAACACCACGCUGGUAGCGUCCAGGAGGACACAGAGUCCCUGAGAGUGCAGCAUGAACGCAGGGAGAACCCAGGGCCCGAACUGAUAAUCACCCAGCAUGGCCCCUAUGCACAGCACGGCAUGAUGGGAAACUGUGACGCGCUGGGAUGGAUGUGAAAAGUAUUAUUCCCAGAAUCCCUACUGUAUCUGUGAUGAUCUGAUGAAGCUGAUGGUCAUUUUAUAUUUUUAGGCUUCUCUGUAACAUGACAGAUGUCCGUAUGUCCACACCCUCCUUCACACCCCUCAGCUCCAGAGUUAUUUUACUGAAAGGGCUCCAGAAAAACUUUUUUAUUUUUUAGCACUUUUAUUUAAAUUAUUGUUUUUAUUUCUAUUGAUCUUUUUUUUCAGUAUUUUAAUAACUAUUCUUAAGCCACACCAGACACAUCCCAGACAUCUGUCACCAUGGCAGCAGUGUGACCUUACAAACGGAAAUAUCUACAACAUGAUGUCAGGACGAGGGAGAGAUCAGGGCCAGGCUUCAACGGUUAACUCCAGCACAGAGACUCUACACCUUUACUCAUGUGUGUGUGUUUCUCCUUCUACACAAUCCCUCUCUCUCUCUCUCUCUCUCUCUCUCUCUCUCUCUCUCUCUCUAUCCGACUCUCUUGCUCUUUUCCUCUACCCCCCCUGUGUAAUUUAAUACAGAUUAAUCUGCAGUCUGAGGUUAUUUUAUCUGCUGUGACUUGUUUUUGUUUUUAGGUUUACAGUUUUUCCCCUGCGGUGAUUAUUUCUGAUUCCUUUUGUCUGGUUUUAUAUUAAGAUGCUACAAUUUAUAACUAAUAAAAAAGUGUGAAAUUUGGAAGUGGACCACA